UCAACCCACAGCGACGUGAUGACGCAAAACUGUGCGUGCUGUGUGCGCCUGCGUGGAGAGGAUGCAGUCAGAGGUCAGUCCUUCGCUCAGCGUUUUACUGGUGGAGGCAUUCUACGGCGGCUCUCACAAACAGCUGAUCGACCUGCUGAAGGAAAAUAUCGACGGCUGCUGUGUCUUCACGCUUCCCGCCAAGAAAUGGCACUGGAGGGCGAGAACAGCGGCGCUCCACUUCAGCCAGACCAUCCCCAGCUGUCCAUCGUACAGAGUUCUGUUCAGCAGCUCGGUCCUGAACCUGUGUGAGCUGGUGGCUCUCAGACCGGAUCUGGCCCGGCUGAAGAAGGUUCUGUACUUCCACGAGAACCAGCUAGUUUAUCCGGUCCGCAAAGACCAGGAGAGGGACUUCCAGUACGGAUAUAACCAGGUGCUGUCAUGCCUGGUGUCAGACGUGGUGGUGUUCAACUCUAGUUUCAACAUGGAGUCCUUCUUGUCCUCCAUCCCGUCUUUCAUGAAGAAGAUCCCAGACCACCGACCCAAAGACCUGGACCGCCUGAUCCGCCCUAAAUGCAUGGUUCUGAACUACCCGGUCCAGUUCCCUGAUGUCAGCAGGCUUCUCCCCAAGCACAAACUCCUCCGUCGGACUGCAAAUGUCGAUGAUCAGAAACCUGUUAGUGACCAGGAUCCACAUCAGCCCAUAUCUGGACCCACAACAGAUCCACAUCAGCCCACAUCUGGACCCACAACAGAUCCACAUCAGCCCACAUCUGGACCCACAACAGAUCCACAUCAGCCCACAUCUGGACCCACAACAGAUCCACAUCAGCCCACAUCUGGACCCACAACAGAUCCACAUCAGCCCACAUCUGGACCCACAACAGAUCCACAUCAGUCCACAUCUGAGCCCAGGACAGACCAGGACCCUGCUGGUGAAGCUGCAGACCAGGUGAAGCCUCUGCACAUCGUGUGGCCUCACAGGUGGGAACACGACAAAAACCCCGAGCUGUUCUUCAACACUCUGCUGAAACUGAAGGAGAGACGACUGGACUUCCAUCUGUCGGUGCUCGGAGAGACGUUCACCGACGUACCAGAGAUCUUCUCUGAGGCCAGGCGUCUGCUGGACUCCCACAUCCUGAACUGGGGCUACCUGCCCAGUAAGGACGACUACCUCCAGGUGCUGUGUCAGGCCGACGUUGUCGUCUCCACUGCCAACCACGAGUUCUUUGGCGUGGCCAUGUUAGAAGCCGUCCACUGUGGCUGUUAUCCUCUGUGUCCGAAGGCGCUGGUGUAUCCUGAGAUAUUUCCAGCACAGUACCUGUACUCCACACCUGAGCAGCUCUGUAAGCGGCUGCAGGGACUCUGCAGGAGGCCUGAUGUCGCCCGCAGACAUGUCGUCGCGGUUGAUACCUGCUCCUACUCCUGGGCUGCUCUGAAGUCGAGGUUCCAGACUCUGCUGGCAGAUGAGGGUCCCUGAACGCAUCACGGACAUCUGGAGGUCCGCUGGUUCAGAUCGGUCCGGGUCAUCUCUAAGCUCUGAGUCAAAGUGGUGGACUGUUAAUGUCUCCUGAACACAGACUGUCAUGUUUGGAGGGUGAACGUGUUGAAUCUGUCAUGUUUACACACAGGAACUUCCUGGUUCUGGUUCUGGUUCUGGUCUGGUCCAGUAUCAUCUGUUUGAACACGAUUCUGCAUUUAAAGGUUUUUCAGCCUUUUUUUAAAAUGUCACAUUUUCUAAGAGACGAUUUUAACAAUGAAAACUUUUUUACAUAAGUCAAAAAUCUGAGUUUUUAAAAUGAAAUCUGUCAAAAACUUUUUAUUCUGUUUAUAUCAAAUAAAACAUUUGUUUUUGAGAAAAAGAUUGAGCCGAACCUGAAAGUAGUGAGUUGUGUUUGUGGUCCAGAAUCAGCUUCUGGAUUGUGGGAAAUGUAGUCAGGAAUCCUGAACGCAUCACAUUACUGUCUCUUGUCCCUGAAUGCCUCAUGCUGUUGUCUGUUGUCCUUGAACACCUCAUUCUUUUGUCUGUUGUCCCUGAAUGCAUCACACCGUUGUCUGUUUUAUUUGAACGCAUCAUCAUGCUGACUGUUGUUCUUGAAUGCAUCACGUUGUUGUGUUAUUCCUAUACACCUCAUGCUGUCAUGCUGUUGAUCUUGAACGCACCACGCUUUUGUUUUUCUGUCCUUUAAUACAUCUCGCUUUUGUCUGUUGUCCCUGAAUGCAUCAUGCUGUUGACCUUGAAUGCAUCAUGAUGUUGUUUGCUGCCCUUGACGGCAUUACGUGGUUGCCUGUUGACCCUGAACGAAUCAUACUGUUGUCUGUUGACCCUGAAUGCUUCACGUUAAUCUCUGUUGUCCUUUAAUGCCUCUCGCUGAUUAUAUGUGGACCCUGAACACGUCAUGCUGUUGUACUGUACAUCGACCUGAACGCCUCACUCGUUUGCUGUCCUUUAAUGCAUCACAUUGUUGUCUGUUAACCAUGAAUCAUCACACUGUUGACCUUUGACUUUAAACGCAUCAGUUUUCUGCUGUCCUUGAAUGCCUCACACUGUUGACUGUUGUCCUUGAAUGCAUCACGCUGUUGAUUCCUGUCCCUGAAUGCAUCAAGCUGUCAUUUGUUGACCUUGAAUGCAACACGCUGUUGUUUUUCUGUCCCAAAAUGCAUCACACUGUUGUCUGUUGUACCUAAAUCCAAUCACCCUGAACGCAUCACGCUGUUCACUGUGCUUUAAUGCCUCACGCAGUUGUUUGCUGUCCCUGAAUGCAUCAUGCUUUUGUCCUUUGCGAAGUGUUGUAUGUGGACCUUGAACACAUCACGCUGUUGUCCUGUAUGUUGACAUGAACGCCUCACACUGUUGUGUGCCGUUCUUGAAUGCAUCACAGUGUUGUCUGUUUUCCCUGAGUGCAUCACACUGUAGAUUGCUGUCCCUGAAUGCAUCAUGUUUGUGUCCAUUGUCCCUGAAUGACCCUGAAUCAAACUGUUGCAUGUUGACCCUGAACACAUCAUGCUGUUGUCUGCUGUCCCUGAAUGCCUCACGCGGCAGAUUGCUGUCCCUGAACGUAUCAUGCUUUUGUCCGUUGUCCCUUAAUGCGUCAAACUGUUGUUUACUGUCCAUGAACGCAUCACUCUAUUGCCUGUUGACCCUGAAUGCUUCACGCUAUUGUACUGCAUGUUGACCUGAACGCAUCACACUGAUGUCUGUUGUCCCUGAACGCAUCAUGCUUUUGUUCGUUGUCUCUGAAUGCAUCAAACUGUUGUAUUUUUACCCUGAGUGCAUCACGCUGAUGUCUGUUGUCUCUGAAUGUCUCAUGCUGUUGCCCCUGAACGCCUCACGCUGCCUCCUUGGUGACGUACAGUUUCAGGCGGCUCUGGAGGUGGUGUUCGGCUGCCGCGGUGAACUGAAGCGUUGGAGCGUGCUCAGUGGUGUCGCUGUGAAUCUGUGCUGCGAUGCGUUCGCUGUGCGUCGGUGCUCCUCGGCGCUUCGUGCCGUGGCCCGAAGUGGGAUGAGAAGUCACGCGGCCGUUUCUUCGUGUGAACGCAGGAGAUGCUUCAGUGCAGCUGCAGGAGUGGAAUCAGUGAACGCAGCCUGCAGCUGCAAACUGCUGGGCGAGCUCAGCUUCAACGCGUCAAACAGAACCAGCAGAGAGGCGACUUUUCUGCUUCUUUAAACACAUCUGGACACGUUUCAUCAUUUAAACACAUCUGGACACGUUUCAUCAACCUUCAGGAGCAUGAAGGAAACGUUUCACGUCCACCGUUUAUAAUGAGAGUCUGUCUUUAUUUCUGAUGACGGCUUCAAUCCGCUCAUUCUUUACAUGCUGGUUUUUCUGGCUGCUCUUUGUUGGACGAGUUGUUUUGCUGGACUUUUCUCUUUAAAAUACCCCAAAGUUGUUCUGUUGGGUUCAAGUCAGAAAACAAACUGUCCAGCUCGUAGUUUUCACUUUGUUCUGGUGUAGAAACUCUGGUGUGAUUUUGUUCUUUUGAUGGUUCUCAUGCUGGAAUAUUCCUCUCCUUCAAGCUUCUUUUCAGCCAGUAUCUAUAAAGAUCAUCUCGUAUCAUCA